AUGUUUCAUCUUAUACAAGGGUUAUACCAGAAUUGGAAUCAAAGAGAAUUAUAUUCAGUAUUGAUUUUAGGUUUGGAUAAUGCAGGGAAAACAACAUUUCUGGAGACUUUAAAAAAAGAAUACUCACAAGUUUCGAAAGACCUGGAUAAAAUAACACCUACCGUUGGCCAAAAUGUUGCUACAAUACCUAUUAAGGAAUCUACAACAAAAUCUAACUGUAUCUUAAAGUUUUGGGAUGUGGGAGGCCAAGAAUCGUUAAGAUCAAUGUGGUCAGAAUAUUAUAAACAAUGCCAUGCAAUUAUAUUUUUAGUUGAUAGCACAGAUAGAACAAGAAUCGAUGAAUGUAGUGAUGUAUUAAAGACAAUUGUAAUGGAUGAAUAUAUUGAAGGGAUACCCAUUCUGAUGUUGGCCAAUAAACAAGAUAGAGAAGACACUAUGGAACUGCAAGACAUUAAACAAAUCUUUAAUAAAAUUGCAGAACAUCUAAGUGCCAGAGACAGUAGAGUAUUACCUGUCAGUGCCCUAACUGGAGAAGGUGUAAAGGAUGCUUCUGAAUGGUUAGUAACAAGAUUAGUUAGAAACAAAGCUAAUAGACCCCCUCAAUAUAAAUGA